AUGAGCGCCGUCGCCUCCGACCGCUGUCUCCACUCCGCUCCUCCUCCACCUGCAUUCCUCCUUCAUUUUCUCUCCCCUCCCCAAAAUCCACGCCCUCCUCCUCACCUCCGGCCCUCACCGUUGACUCCUUCGCAGCGGCUGACCUCGCUCACUCCCUCCCCUCGGCGGCUUCUUCGCCUUCAACCACAUCCGGCGGAGGACAGCUGUAAUGGAAUACCGUGGCCGCUUGAACUCUUGCACCGACUGCAGCUGACAAUAGCGUCGGAGCCUCGGAGGGUUCCAGGAGCGGAUCGGGAACAGAUCGGGAAGAGGCGAGUGGAGAGAAGAUGCGGGAGAAACCGCGAGCUUGCAGCCAAACUCUUUCCCCCUUUUGAUCUGUUCCCGAUCCGAGGCUUCGAUGCUAUUGUCAGCUUAAAGUUAUUUCUAUAUCCCAUUGCCAAACUUUCUCAUUGUCCUUUGUUAUUCAUUUUUGCAUGUAGGUAUUGCGAGUGUUUUGCAACUGGAGUUUAUUGUGAUGGAUGCAACUGUACAAAAUUUUGUAACAAUGUUAACAAUGAAACUGUUAGGCAUGUGGCUGUUGAAGCCACUCUAGAACGCAAUCCUAAUGCCUUUAGGCCUAAGAUUGGCAGUGGUACACAGACACUUCGAGAUAGUAGGGAUGAAACAGGAGAACCUCUGUUUGGAAGGCAUAAUAAAGGAUGUCACUGUAAGAAGUCAGAGUGCUUCAAGAAAUAUUGUGAGUGCUUUCAAGCCAAUAUUUUCUGCUCUGAAAAUUGCAAAUGCUUGGACUGUAAGAACUUUGAGGGAAGCAUAGAGAGGAAACCUCUCUUCCGUGGUGAUCAUGGAAGCACUCUUUACAUGCAGCAUGCAGCCCUAAACAGGGCUGCCGGUGCUCACAUAUUUCUGUCUCCAACAAUAUCUAGGAAGAGGAAAAUCCAGGAUGUGUUCUCAUGCACAUCUGUAAAUGGCCAAUCCACCAAAAGUUUUACACAGUCUAAGACUCCUGUACAAGUGUCGUCUUCUAUUCCCAUUCCUGCAGCUAGUUGUACUAAUACUGUUCCAGUGGCAUCUACUAAGGUCAUUUAUAGAUCUCUUCUAUCAGCCACUGUACGAACAGAACAUGUUAGGGAUCUCUGCAAACUCUUGGUGAUGGUGUCUGGAGAGGUUGCCAAAACUGUCGCUGAUAGACAAAUUGAGGAGUCAUCCGUGCUGGAAGGCCAUGUUGAAUGUUCUCCACACUCAGAUUAUGAGAGAGAUCAGAGUCAGAAAGAUUUAGAUAUGCCCAGAACCUCGGCUGAUGAGUGUUCAAGUGGAAUUCCUCUCAACAAACCUGACAAAGAAGAGUCUAGGUCUGAAUGCGGGGAAAGAGAGAACGGAGGAAAGCCAAUGUCUCCUGGAACUUUGGUGCUAAUGUGCAAUGAGAAAGACAUGAUUUUUAUGGCCUCUCAAGUUGCUGCUGCAGAUCCAAGCUCCUCAAACAACCGAAGUGCAUCAGAGGCCUAUGUAGAGCAAGAGAAAGGUGUACUAACCAAGUUCAGAGACUAUCUCCUUAAGCUAGUUACCUGUGGUCAGAUGAAAGGUAAGCAUGUUUUCCCAUGCUAAUUGUUGUAAAGGUUGAAAAAGGAUCCUGACAUAAACAUUGUGAAA